AGUCGCCCUCAAGAGUUCUUCUCAAAUUACUGCAUUUGAUUUGUUAUUUAAAAAAAUGAUUUUACCUUAUUUAACGAGGCAAGUCAGUUAAGAACACAUUCUUAUUUACAAUGUUAUCUAUUGCUCAUCAUUGGUGUCAUUACUUAUUUAUUUGUUGUCUCAUCACAUUUUUGUACAAAAAAACGGAAACGGAGCUAAUACACCAGUAUUUAUUGUUUCGAGUGGUCUUUUUAGUGGUAUGGGGAUCCAGUAUUGCGUCGCUGAUUGCAUUGAUUGACAGAUCUUCCCUGAAGUUGUUUUAUUACGUCAAAGUGCAUUCACAUUAUGACGUUGGCUGAGUUACCGUAUAAAAUGCGGUAGUUUAUCUCUUUGGUAAUCACUUGGUAAAGUUUUACAUGAUGGGAACAUAGGCUCCAGCCAUAGACUUUAACCAUGGAGGAUAAUAAGAGUUUAAAUGAAGAUGAUCCACAUGAUCAUCAACGUUUGGAAGGUCAAGUCCAGAAAAUGAAGAAUGAUAUCCUGGGUUUAAACUAUCCAGAAGAUAGUGAAGUGAAGGAUCCCCUGCCUCAGAUCGAGCUCAAGGCUGUGACAAGGAGAAAAGUUAAGACCAAGAGGAAGACCAGUGCCAACAGGUCCACAGUUGAACAGAGCACUGAUACUGAUGCAGCUGAGAGAGAUUUUGUUGAUAAUCAGAAUGAUGAAGAAGAGGAUGAGGUGAAGAAGGAUCCUCUGCCUCAGAUGGAGCAGGAUGCCAUGAAGAGAAAUAAAGUCAAGACCAAGAGGACCAAGAGAAACAAAGUGGAGCAGAUUACUAAUACAGAUGCAGGUCCCUCUACAUCUGUGGAAUUCUCUGGGAUGGCAGUUCAGGGAACAUCUCACCAGGGACAAUCUAAUGAAAAGAUCCUAAGUGAGUGUGUCUCCAGGGCCUGUCAGACCAGGGCUCUUGACCUCCCGCCAAUCGAUCCGGAUGCUUUCAACCCGAUUAUCAUCCGGUUUCUGGAAAAACUUACUGAGGAGCAAUGGAGGCAGUUAAGCAUUGGCAGGAUGGACCCUGUGAUGAGGGCAUUGCUUGCAGAGAUGUGCCUGCAGAUUGUGCGGUUUGUAUCUGAGGCCAUCCUGGAGGUCAUCAUCCCUGCAAUUUUCCGUUUUGUACGGAUAUACAGCCAUGUGUCUCCAGUAUCCGGCAAGUCUCUGACAGAAUCAGAGAGAUCCUCUAGCACAAACCUGAAGGUUCGCAAGAGAGGCAGCAGCAAAUCCUCAAGGUCUUGCACGGCCAAAUCAAGCUCCUCUCGUAAUGGGUCUCAGACAGUGUUGCCAAAUACUCAGGGAGAUGUGUACAAAGAAGGACAACAAGAAGAACCACUGCACUCCAACACCUUCCCAGAACCAGACCCCUGCCGUCAGUGAAACAGGUAAGUCAAUACACUCAAAUGUGUACUGAACAAAAAUAUAAACGCAACAUGCAACAAUUUCAAAGAUUUUAUUGAGUUUCAGUUCAUAUAUGGAAAGCAGUCAAUUGAAAUAUGCUCAUUAGGCCCUUAUCUAUGGAUUUCACAUGACUGGGAAUACAGAUAUGCAUAUGUUCAUCACAGAUACCUUAAAAAAAGGUAGGGGCGUGGAUCAGAAAA